UUAAGAAUAUAUAAUUCGAAUUAUGGGUUUUGUACGGCGCAUGUCUGCCCAUACACACAAUUUUAAUUCGUGAUGCCGAUUUUCAAGGUCAGUGGAGCAGCAGUGGGGGAGCGUGCACAAUGGCGGCUACAUAGUAAGGAAGGCGAGCGGGAGAGCUUCUGGUGAUGGCCCCACCGAUCUCAUUUUGGCACUGCGCAGUGUUUCGUCAGCGGCUUUCUGGAAAAUUUCCUGAGGAGGGGACCCGGUUAGUGGAGUUCCAUUGGUUAUUCGCUUCUCUCAUCAAUCUUAUCGCCACGUGAAGACGUGUUAAGGCCUGUCUUCCGGAAACACGUCCACGAGUCCGACCGACCGAUCGGCGCGGCCAAAGUGCAAAUCCGGGACACUCUGCUCCGACGAAGGCAACCACGAAGAAGAAGAGCCAAAGCCCUGUUCUGCGUCCCGUUGCGAGCGGACGACGGCUCACUGGACAGGAACCAGACAGGCCAUUGAGCGCCAUGGCGGUGCAACUGCACGUCUGGGGUCCGGCAUUCGGGCUCCCGUCCAUCGAUGCCGAAUGUCUCGCGGCCAUCGCAUACCUUGCGCAGACCCUCGGCUCCGCCGACUACCAGCUUAUCCAGAGCAGCCCGUCGGCCGUACCGACCCAACACCUACCCACCCUCUACGACUCGCGAACCUCUACCUGGAUCGGCGGCUUCACGUCCAUAACAGCACACCUUCACACACAUCCCCCACCGACCUUCCAGUCCGCACCACAGCCCACAGACGGCAGCAGCAGCACCACCACCACCACCACCACUACUACUACUGCCGCUAGCGCGACCGCCGACGGCACGGCCUACACGGCCUUCCUGAGCGCCCACGCCGCGCCGCUGCUGGCCCUGUCGCUGUACGUGUCGUCGGCCAACUACGGGGCGGCGACGCGGCCCGCCUACAGCGCGGUGCUGCCGCUGCCGCUGCCCUGGACGGAGCCGCCGGCGGUGCGGGCGGCCAUGGCGCGGCGGGCGGCGCAUCUCGGCCUGUCGAGCCUGGACGCCGACGCGGCGGCCGAGCGCGCCCGCGCCGAGGAGCGCCGCGCCGCCGCCGACGGCUGGGUCGCCGUUCCCCCCCACGCGACGGCAGGCCGCGCGGCCGGAGGAGGAGGAGGAGGAGGUGGUGGUGGUGGAAAAGGAGGCGGGGUCGCGGCCGUGUUGACGCCCGAGCAGAAGUCGCGCAUCCGCCUCGAGGAGGCGGCGCGCGAGGUGCUGGACGUCUUGGCCGAGGUGGACUGGGCCGCCGGCGGUGGCGGCCGCCAGGUGGCCGCCGAGGUGCGGUGUCUUGCCUUUGGAUACCUGGCGCUGAUGCUGCUGCCGGACGUGCCGAGGCCGUGGUUGAGGGAGAUCAUGGAGGGGAGGUACCCGGCGCUCUGCACCUUCGUGCGGGACUUCAGGGCUCGGGUGUUCCCCCAGGGGGGGAAGCUGCUGCCGUGGGCGGAUGGCGGGGCGCAGGCGUCGGCGUCGGCGUCGGCGUCGGCAUCGGCUGUUGCGCUGAGGUUUGUGAGGGCGGUGAUGGCGGAGGUGCCGCUGGUCGGGGAGUGGUGGAGCCGGUGGUGGACGGCGAGGAAGAAGCGGGAGGUCCUGGCGAGCAAGGGGGCGAAGCCGGCGCCGAGCAACGACCUGCUGCUGCUUCUCGGGGCCGGGCUGGGUCUGACCGUCGUCGGCGCGGGCGUCUUCUUCUACCGCGGCCUGCCGCCGUUUGGCGAAGCCGUCCAGGUCUGGCGGAAGCCGGUGGUGGGCCUGAGCAGCUUCGGGGCGGCCGGUGCCAUGUUCUCGGGGGCAUUGUACGGUCUUGACUAGGCAGCGGGGCAUCACAGAUGGGCGUUUGGCGUGACCACCCAGAGUGCUUCUACUUUUGGCUCUUCUGGGAUAUACUAUAUACAUGUAUGGCUAUGACGGGGUUCUGGGUAGACGCAAGGCUUUUAUUGUUUACUUUUAUAGUACGGUACCGCGACGGUUAACCCGCACCAUGGGUUUAUAGCAUUGAUCCUGAAAGUGCUAUUUAAAUGAAUAAUAAACCGGUUGAAGAGUACGGCAAGUAUGAGAAAUGAGAUGAAAAAGGGGGGGGAGAUGAUGAAAAUUAGAAAGAGAAAACAAAAUAUAUCAACAAGUCACUCCG